GGUUAAGACUGAAGAGAAUUCAGAGAGAAUCAGAGAACUGCGCGUAAAAAAAAAGAUGCCUCGCACCACCACCGUGGACUGCCCUGGCUGCCCCCCACUUCGAGCCUUAACCUUCGAUGCCCUUGGUCUUAUCAAAGUUAUUGAAGCUCGCGGUGAGCAAGGAGGGGUUGCCAACGUUGUGGAGAGAUGGGGGGAGCCUGACACCUCCAAAUGUGUGCUUGCGGCUUCUAUUGAUGACUCAAAACACGACCCGCUGUUAGCUGUUGCUAGGAAAAGUGGUUUGAUUGAAGUUCUCAAUCCUCUUAACGGGGAUCUCCGUGUUUCAAUUUCUAAUGUGAGUGAUGCUGGUGCUCGACCUGAAGAUGAUGCUGUUGUUGGUUUGCAUCUGUUCAGAAGACAGAGACUAGAGACAGCAUCCAGGUUUUGUACUUUGGUUACAUGUACAACGAAAGGAAAUGCCAGCAUGAGGUCCAUUGAGAUUAGCAACUUACCGGAAGAGUCUUCCUCUAGUAGUUCAUUCAAAUCCUGGAAUGUAUGUGCUUCUGGUAUCAUCUUAUGUUCUAAAGUGGAUAGGAGUGAAAAUUAUGCUGUAUUUGGGGGGAAAGGUGUUGAAGUUAAUCUCUGGGAUCUUGACAAGUGUACAAAGAUUUGGACUGCGAAAUCCCCUCCUAAAAACAGUCUUGGUAUAUUUACUCCUACUUGGUUUACAUCAGCAACAUUUUUAAGUGCAGAUGAUCACAGAAAAUUUGUAGCUGGCACCAAUAGCCAUCAGGUCCGCCUCUAUGAUACUUCUGCUCAGCGAAGACCUGUUAUGUCAUUUGAUUUUCGGGAGACCCCUAUUAAAGCAGUAGCUGAAGAACCAGAUAGCUACAAUAUCUACGUAGGAAAUGGUUCUGGUGACCUUGCUUCUGUUGACAUACGCACAGGAAAAUUGUUAGGAUGCUUUGUGGGGAAGUGUUCUGGAAGUAUCAGAUCCAUAGUUAGGCAUCCUACACUUCCAGUGAUAGCAUCAUGUGGUCUGGACAGCUAUUUGCGCAUUUGGGAUAUAAAGUCACGGCAACUUCUCUCUGCGGUUUUCUUGAAACAGCAUCUUACAGAGGUGGUUUUUGAUUCCACUUUUGCCGACAAAGAGGUUGCUCAGGCUGCAGCAGAUCCCCACAUAGACGAAACAUAUAAUAUGAAGGAGAUCCAAGGAGACGAGACAGAAACAUUGCCUGUGAAAAGGAAGAAGGCGUCUAAAGAAAAAGAUAAUGAAAGUAAAAGGAAGUCAUCAAAAGAAAAAACGGAAAGCAAGAAAUCAAAAUCAAAGAAAAAAAGCAGAAGAGUGAAGGUUGAAAGUGAUGAUGAUGCAUAAUAACUCAUCUGGAAUAUUAUAGCCUCUGCGGAGUGCCAGAAUCAAAUCCAGGAUUGACCUUUAAUUAUUUGAUAGUUGCUUCUGAUAUUUCUACGAGAAAGAAGUCCUAGGAAUACAGGAGAUUUUGGUUUUUUCAUUAAUUACAGGGAAUUUGUUGUAUUAAUUAGACGAAAUAGCAUUGAGAGAUUUUAUCCAGAAAAAUGAGUUAAAAUUUGACCUUUCCACUUGUAUUUUUCCAUUGGCUCAAGGUGUGCCAAUCUAACGCCCACACUUAAUUUCGGCCAUCAAUACAUUAAUUUUC